GAGGUUACAGUCAGGUGCAGCUCCCGGGGUUAGCAACGUCAGUGGCACUCCAACAAGGAGACAAGCUGGGGACUUGCAGAGGGGAGGUUAGACAGCCAGAGCACAGAGACUUUACAGCAAACUUUACACACGACAGCUGGGUUACACACAGAGAGGCUGCAACUGGAGCAAAGAAUCUACCUGGAGGAGACGGGAGUCUGUCUUCAAAACAGACAGGCAACUGGCAUGGACUGCAGACCACCAGGGAAUCUGGGCUGCUAACGUGUGGGACAGCCCCGCUCACGGUGGUUCACGUUUGAAUAUAAAUGAGAAUAGGAAUAAUUGCCAAGCUGCACAAUGGCAGCUGUUCCUGGUAAACUCCCCUGAACUGAGUGGUUGCAGCUUGGAAGCUGCAUUCCCACCCCUCCUGUGCAGAAGGGAGUGACUUGCUCAGGGUGAAACACUGUAUUUAACAACAGCAGAGAGAGAGAGAGAGAGAGAGAGAGAGAGAGAAAGAGAGAGAGAGAGAGGAGGGAAGUCGUGCUACCCUUUAAAUACCCGUUUUUAUGUGCAUUUGUAUUUUUAAAGACUUCCUUACCCUUUCUCGUACUGUGCUAGUGAAGGGACUUCUGUGGUUUUCAGUUCUGUUGCAGAAGCAGCUCUCCUCUGAGGAGGGAUGAUACAAGCAGGACAGAGCAGAAAGCACACCGCCGUGCCACCGACACAGAGGGGAAAGCAUUCCAGUAAAGUGAAGAGAACUGCAAGAGAAACAGCAAACCUCGGCACUGCUGCUGUCCUUCAGGGGGCUGGAAUAGGAUUUGAACAUUAUUGUUUGGGGAACAGAAAGAAGGAGCAGGCUUGUUUCUUUGUUUUAGCCACAUUCUGGCUGUGUAAAGGCACUGAUCAAUAAUUAUUUCUGAGUUUCUUUGCAGAAACCUUGGCACUGCUGUCUGGCUAAUCCCAGCUUCUCUCUGCUGACUUGCCUCACGCUGCUGCCAGUAGCCAAGCCUCUGCUCUCCCUCGGCACUCUGCAGAGCUCAGCUGCGUUCCAAUUGAAGCCUCUGCUGGCAACCCCAAGGGGUUCAGAGGUCAGCUCUGUGGGUCCGGAGGCGGCCCUUUCCAGCUGUGCCUCUAUUUGUGGGAUCUCGAUUGACGGGGAGAAUCGUUUCCGCAAGGGGCUUGGGAAAAAUCCGGAGCUGUGCACUGAUUUUUGGGAAAGGGGGUAGUGGUAAAAUAGCCUGCCAUCAGUCAGUUGCUGUGUUGGCUGAGCUGGGAGCGUGACUUCAAGUGACUGUCAUUGCUUCAGGAUCCCUACAACCGGACCAACUUCUAAACUUGUUCUUGUGCCCUCGCUGUUUCCCUGGUCUGUUCGGAGAAACAUGUGCUGGAACGGUGUGCUCCGAGGAGGGAGGCAGCAGUGGAGCUGUGGAAAGACCCUGCUGCUGGCUCAGGUGCUUCUUUUAUCCAGUGUGGGACUCCCUCUCACCUCUGCAUGGAGGCCCUCCCAGCCCAGACUACGCUUCACCUUUACAGAGCUGGUGCGCAAUGGCAGGAUGGUGCCUCUGCCCUUCAGUGCUGGGGAUUUGCACUCCAUCAUCGUUGACGAAGACAGCAGGAAGCUGUAUGCUGCCACCAAGGACCACCUGGUGUCCACGAAUCUGGACAACAUCAGCCAUGGGCUCAAGAAGCUCUACUGGCCAGCAACUUCUGACCGCAUUGAGGAGUGUAAGAUGGCAGGGAAAGAUCCAGAGCUGGACUGUGCCAAUUUCCUGCGGGUCCUUCACCUCUAUAACCAGACCCACCUGUAUGUGUGCGGGACGGGAGCCUUCCACCCGCGCUGUGCCUACAUCCACACUGCCCUCUUCGACCGGAGCGAGAGGCUGGUCCUGGGCCCAGGGCAGACGGAGUGUGGAAAGGGGAAGUGCCCGUACGACCCGCGACAGAGGACAGCCACCGACAUGACCGAUGGAGAGCUCUACGCUGGUAUUUCCUCGGAUUUCAUGAGCAGGGACACAGCGUUCUUCCGGAGUCUGGGAGCCCGUCACGUGAUCCGCACAGAGCAGUAUGAUUCCAAGUGGCUGCAGGACCCCAAGUUCGUGAAGGUGGCGUCCGUCUCGGAGAGUGACAACCAGGAGGAUGACAAGGUGUACGUGUUCUUCACGGAGCGCGCUCAGGAGGCAGAGAGUGGCGGAGGCAAGGUGGUGUACUCACGCGUGGCACGCGUCUGCAAGAACGACAUCGGCGGGCAGCGCAGCCUGGUGAAUAAGUGGAGCACGUUUCUCAAAGCACGCCUGGUGUGCUCCAUCCCUGGGGCAGAGGGGAUCCAGACGCACUUCGACGAGCUCCAGGAUGUCUUCAUUCUCCACGGGAAAAACAAGAAGAACCCAUUGAUCUACGGGCUUUUCACAACAUCCAGCAACGUGCUGAACGGCUCGGCGGUGUGUGUGUAUAAAAUGGAGGACAUCGUGACAGCGUUUAAAGGGCAUUUCUCACACAAGGAGGGUCCGGAGUACAAGUGGGUGGAGUACACUGGCAGAGUGCCCUUCCCACGGCCUGGCACAUGCCCCAGCAGUACAUACGGGAACUACAGGUCGACUCGCGAAUACCCAGACGAUGUCAUCUUCUUCAGCCGCACGCAUCCGCUGAUGUUUGAUGCUGUGUACCCUGUGAAUCGACGCCCUCUGCUGGUCAGGAUAGGGGUGGACUACAAGUUCUCCAGGCUGACUGUGGACCGCGUGGAGGCCAUGGACGGGCAGUAUGACAUCAUGUUCAUAGGAACAGAUACGGGCGUGGUGCUGAAAUCCAUCUAUCUGACAAAAGGACUCCAGGAAGCUCAGGAGAUCACCCUGGAGGAACUGGAGGUCUUCCAGGACAAAUCUGCAAUCACUUCGAUGGCUCUGUCCCAGAAAAGGCAGUGGCUGUACGUGGGUUCACGGGGAGGGCUGGCCCAGCUAUCUCUAUACCAGUGUGAGCUGUAUGGGAAGGCAUGUGCAGAGUGCUGCCUGGCUCGGGACCCCUACUGCACCUGGGACGGGACGUCCUGCAGCCCCUUCAUCCCCAUUGCCCGCAGACGGAACGCCAGACAGGCUGGAGGGAGUGGAAACCCGCUGGUCCAAUGCUACAGCCAAGGAGCUGCCAUGCAGGUGAAGCCGGAGGAGAAGGUGAUGCUGGUGGCAGAGGGAAACGGCACCUUCCUGGAGUGUCUGCCGAAAUCACGGCACGCCAUGGUCACCUGGCUGCGCAAGGGCAACCAGACCAACCAGGAGCUGGAGAAGGUGACGGCAGGAGAGCAGCUAAUCCUGAUUGAACAGGGGAUUCUGAUCCGCCGGGCUGAACCAGCUCACUCCGGAACCUAUUACUGCCAGCUGGAGGAGCACGGCUUCCGCUGGACCGCCCUGAGGGUGCAGCUGACCGUGAUGAGCCCCGAGCGAGAGGGGGGCGCCUGGGAGCACCCCCCCGCCCCCAUGAGCCACGGACAGCAGCCCUGGUACCGGGACAUCAUGACCCUCAUCAACUACCCCUCCAAGAUGGAUGACUACUGCGAGCAGGUGUGGCGCAGGGAGACCAAGAAGAGAAAGAAGGAUAAGACCCGCCCCGGGUCCAUCAGAGGGAGCAGCAAUGAAAAGCUGAAGUCAGGGUCGCCGGGAGGGAGGAAGAACAGAAGCAAACUGCAGCCCAAGUCCCUGAGAUCUCCCCGCAGCACCUAGCAGCGUCAGCGCCGGUGUGAACGCCAGUCACGCUGCCUCUUGAUAUUCAGCAAUUCAAAAAAACAUUCUCCCGCUGCAAAAACACACUUCUCCAGGAGACAGCAAUGGCACACAGUACACAGACUGCUUUAGAAGUAAGGGGGCCAUUUAUUUACUCCCCGCCUUUUACUUUUUAAUUUAUUUUGUAACGUUUUUUAUUGGUAUUGUUUUAACGAGACCGCCACUUUGUGUCAUCCAGUGGCUGAUCAGUACAGGGUGGACUGACAUGGAUUCAGCCCGCUUCAGCUGCCUCUCUCAAUAAGGGGUUAAGAGAAAGCUUGCAUUAGUAUCACAUUUGAAAUGUGUCAGUGUCUCCCAACACAAGGAGAGCAGCCAUUGCUUUUGGUUGCUGGGGCUGUGCUGUAUUGUGUCUGGGGGUUGCACCUGGUAGAAGCAUGGUAGAAGAAUAGACAAGUGUAGAGAAGCAUGGUGAAGUGUGGUAGAGCAUUGGUACAACACAUGAUGAAGAAGCUAGAUGGAGAACGUAUCAAAGUUCUCGAUGAACACAGUGACAAAUUAUAUAUAUAUAUAUAUAUAUAUAUAUAUAUAUAUAUAUAUAUAUAUAUAUAUAUAUAUAUGCAGUAAGGAUCAGUUAUCAGUUAAAUUAUUGGUUGGGGUAGUUUUUGGCUAGUUGUAUUCCCUUAGCAAUUAUCUUAUUUGCUUUUUGCACUUCCUUCACAAUAGAACUGUAUGUUUGUUUUAGUGUUGCUACACAUUAAGUAUGAGUUGAUUUGCAAAUACUUUAAGAAUUAGAUCAGAUUGUAUUUACCCAGGUACCACACAUGCCUGUGACAGAACAACAUUCUGGAAUUAAAGAGAAAUCUGGAAGACAUUUGGCCUCGCAAUCCAUGACAGUAAAGCGAUGUUGAUAUGUUUAGUUAUUAUUGUAAAUAUUAUACUUCUUACCCCAUUCAUAUGCUAGAUUUGAUUACAUCUGAUGUUAAAUUAUAAAAGAUUUGUGCUAUAAUCUAUUUUUCUUAUGCAAUUGCUUAUUCAUUUUAGGGUUUUGUUUUUCAGGAAUGUUAUCAUAGAAUCUCUGAUGUCAGUUCUGCUCAUUUCAAUUCUACUGUCUGUUCAUGCCACUGGCAGUUUGGCUGUAAGGGGUACAGUUAUCAUUAGCAAAGCAGUUUUAUAGAUGCUGAACUGGAAUCAUUCCUCAUGCUACUCAAUCACAUGCAAGACAACAAUAAAGCUGAAAAGCUGACAAUCACUUAGCCCAAUGUGAUCUUCAGGAUACUCCUUACACCAACUCCUAAUGUAAAAAGCUUACUGUAGCAGCUUAAAGCACAGCACAGCCAAACACAUUAAACAACAGAACAGAAAAUACAAAGUUAUAAGCAUGGGAGCUUUAAACAUUUGCACUAUAAAGAUUUGGAAAGGCAUAUGAAUAGAACAGAGUUCUAUAAAAGAUACUGGAAUUCUGCAGCAAGUCAAUAAAGCUGCUAUACUGUGGAAGGGGCAGCAUUAUAAAAACUGUAAUAAUAAAUAAGAGGUUGUGUCACUGCUGAAGGUAGAAGGUAACCCAGGCUUGCACAGUAUUGUCUGUUAGGGGAUGCAUUAAUUACCAGCAGAUUUACAUCCCAACUGGUGUCCAAUUCUCAGUCCCCCUCCCCCAGUUAUAAUAGCAUUAACACAACAUGGUUUAAAUCACUGCACUCUACCCCAGAUUUGACUUGUGCCCGCCAGUCCAAGGUAGCACUAAUCAGGCUUUGUGGAGAUGCGAGCACUGUGAGUAAUCCACAGCUCUGAUCUGGAAUCCAUGUAGUAACAGUAAACAGGGCUCCCUGAAGAAAGCAGGCCAGCAGAUCAAAGGGUUCCUCCCAGCCCGCCGCUCCCACAUAGGAAGAGGCUUGGGUUCAGAGCAGAUGCUCUCUUGAUUUGAUGCGGUGGCUGAGUGGCAAGGUGCCUGGAACCGCAGAACAGUGGGACUGGGUGGCAGCAAACCCGGAGAAAAUCAAUCAAGGCUGGAUUAGAAAGCGAGCGCGCUUGCCUUUGAAGUGGGGAGCUGCUCAGCUGGCUGCAAUGUGUUCUGGGAGUUUCAUCCAAGAGGCACAUUUUCUGCAGCUUACAACUUGCUUCAAGUUGCUUUGUAUUAAAUGGGGGUAUUGUAAAGUCAGCAUGCAGCUUUUUUAAUGCUAACCGAUUAUGAAGGAUGCCAACCGACCAAGGCUCGCUGCUUGUCCCUAUGAACAUGAUGCCUUUCAGGUUCGCUUGACAAGGGAACCCUUCCUUGAGUCUAAUGAGGGUCCACAGUAAAAUCACUCCAAGGCUUUACCCGCAGUGGCAGCAGCCCUGGAUUAAAUCAGAAUGACCGAGCAAUUUCUUACAGUUACAUAAUAGUGCAGUUAUUAUAAACAAUCACGUUGCAUCAAGUUUCUGAAUGACCUCCAUUUCAGGCAGCUUUUCUCCCAUUACCCUGUCCACUGCUUUUCUUAAACUGCUGUCCCAGUCGAUUAUACGGGCUGGUGAGACUUCAUGAGUUGCAUUAGCAGUUGACUCAUUGUUUAAGAAUCCGGUGAGGUCAGGGGAAAAGCCUGGCUGCCUGUCAACCUGCCACCCCCAAGUCCAGCCACUCACACUGGGAUUCCUCUUGGCGUAUUGCACUGCUCAUGAGUUCCAGGCAGCUCGAGGUUCUCUGGUAACAACAGCAUAGUCUGAAUCCAAACCCUCACAAGGACAGAGGUGCGGCGAUCCUUUCCAGACCUCUACAGUAGACUGCAUCCCUUCCCGCUGUUUAUUUUUGUCGGCUUAAGUCAUUUUUCCUUUGAGGAGGCUUUAAGGUGUUUCAGAAAAUGAAGGGUCUUGAUCAAAAACACAGAUCCUACCUGAGUACAUAGGAUUAUACUUUUGUACUUUGGAAUACACAGCAGGAUAAGCCACGCUGGUCCACGUGCAAGUUGUACAACAAAAAGUCAUCUGUAUAUCUGAAUAUUUAUAUAAAGUACACAAGCUAUCAGGACCAUGAAGGUCUCUUCUUCAGUUGAGAAGUAGAAACUGAAGAAGUAGAAACUGAAGUUUCUACAAAUUUCCUCCCAGCAUCAGAAAGACAAUCAAAGACUGAACUGGCCUCUGUGAUGAACUUUCUUACCUUACAGUUUUCACUUCUCUGCUGAAUUCCUGAAUUAGUGGCCUCUGUGGUCUUGGAAGCAAAUGUAUUUUAUAAACCCUACAGUGCUGAGUAGGUGGGAAGCGACACACUAAUAUCACAAUACGAUACAUGUCACGAUAUGCAUCACGAUACAUGUGACGGUCUGAUGGGUUACUUACAUGCAUAAUAAAAUCAAAUGUUCAUUUAAUGAUGGACUAUUUUGUCAAAAGACAAAAAUGUAUUGAGUUAAGAAGAAUGUGUAUUCAUUGCAACUACAGUAUAAAACACACUUCUUCAUUCAAUAAACAUUUGGGCAAUAAGCUACAAUACAUACCUGUACAUACCUGUACUGCGAUACGAUAUGUCAUGCAUUGAUUGUCACGCCCCUAGUGCAUUAAUGUUUGAAGCAUUAUAGCUAGCAAUGUGGAGUUUGAAGAAUGUAUUGAUAGGUUUCACAACACUUUGUGCAUGUUUAAACUGUGCUGCCAGGUGGUAUACUAAGGUAGAAACAGGAGCAUUCCUUUCAUAGAAGGGCCCAGUGAUAGCGAAUCUAGUGUUGACAUUCUUUUAUUGUUACAAAAGAAGCAGAUGUUUGGAGAAUGACUAGCAAAGAGCACGUCUGCAAAGUGGAACUCCGGUGAUUCUCAGACAUUGCUUAACACGGAAUGCAUUUUCAGUACUAGUUAAAAUACGACGGAAAUAAUUUAAAACUACCAGUGCUACUGAAGCAGCCUGACCUCAUUUACAUCCUGUAGAUGUAAUUGACACAUCAUAAUAAUAUGAUAAUAAUAUGAAUAAUAGUAAUAUGUUCACAGCAUGGGUACGUCUAUUAAGUUAAUAUUUUGUGUAUUUAAUUUCUUUUUUUUUUGUAAUGUAAAUUGAUAUGGUUUUUGGAACUGUAUAUAUUUUGUAUGUCUGUUAUUUUGAAGGAUGCUGUUUGCUAACAGUUUGUUUGUUUUUACCCCCUUAUAAUAAAAUGCCUCCCUUUGCGCA